GCGGCGGCGGCGCGCGGGGCUGAUCGCGCCCCUUCCCCAUGAGACUGUGGCUGUGCUGGCUGGGCUGCUACACCCUGCUCCUGUGGGUGCUCAGGAGGACGAUGUGGGCUGGCCCGGCCCGGUACCUGCGGAGCCCUUUAUCCAGGUCCCUCUACGUGAAUAUGAUGGGCAGCCACCGCCAGCCAGCCCCGGACGCCAGGGAGAACCACCAGUGGUAUGUCUGCAACACUGAACAGUUGUCUGAAUCCCUUCAGCCUAUUUUUGUCCAGAGUUACCUUGACCAAGGAACACAGAUCUUCUUAAACAACAGCAUUGAGAAGUCAGGCUGGCUGUUUAUCCAGCUCUACCACUCUUUUGUGUCUUCUAUUUUUAGCCUUUUUAUGUCUAGAACAUCUAUCAAUGGGCUGCUGGGAAGAGGCUCGAUGUUUGUGUUUUCCCCAGAACAAUUUCAAAGACUGCUUAAAAUAAAUCCUGAAUGGAAAUCGCACAGACUUCUUGAUUUAGGGGCUGGAGAUGGAGAAGUCACUAAAGUUAUGAGUCCUCACUUUGAAGAAAUCUAUGCCACUGAAUUGUCUGAAACGAUGAUAUGGCAGCUUCAGAAGAAGAAAUACAGGGUGCUUGGUGUGAAUGAAUGGCAGAACACAGGAUUUCAGUAUGAUGUUAUCAGCUGUUUGAAUUUGCUGGAUCGCUGUGAUCAACCACUGACUGUAUUAAAGGACAUUAGGAGUGUACUGGAGCCAACCAGAGGCAGAGUCAUCCUAGCACUGGUUCUGCCUUUUCACCCCUAUGUGGAAAAUGGUGGCAAGUGGGAAAAGCCCUCAGAAGUUUUGGAAAUCAAAGGGCACACUUGGGAAGAGCAGGUGAACAGCCUGCCAGAAGUUUUCAGUAAAGCUGGUUUUGCCAUCGAGGCUUUCACCAGACUGCCCUACCUCUGUGAAGGUGACAUGUACAAUGACUACUACGUGCUGGAUGAUGCUGUCUUUGUCCUCAAGCCAGUGUAAGCCUGGGUGAAGUAAAGCUCCACAAUCUAACCCAAGAAGCAGCCUCUGAAAGAGGAUUUUGAUUUAUGGUUACUUAAAGGGAGGGAAUUUUGGGAUUGCCAUGCUAAAUAAAUACCAUGUAAGAAAUUUAAAGGCCAAAAUAAUAAUGUAUUUCUUUGUAGUGUGAUUAGGGGUGGGGGGGAAGAAAAGGUUGUUUUUUAAAUGGACUCCCCAGCUGAGUAUUUCUUUUUUACCAGCUCUUAAACCAACAUUGCAAUCUGCAAUCCAGCAGCAAUGGGGAAUAUUUUUUUAUAAUUACCUGCAACAGGGAUCAUAUCCAAACAAAAGCAAUAGUCUUUAUAAUGGUGAAACUGACAGUGUGAACUGUUGUGAAAGAAAUCAAGCAAAAUCUGGCAAUAAAGUUAUCCAUUCACUUCAAGCCUUGUUGAAUAAAACUGUUGAAAUGGAUAAUCUUCCAUGCUAAGUUACUUUCUCUCUUACUGUCAUUCUUCACGUUUUUAAUCAUGCUAAUAAACUUUUUUGAGAUGA